GCUGUAGACUAUCCCCAGUCCCCGUCCUGUUUGUGCUGAAGGGAAAAGAAGAUGUAAAAGCAGCAUGUAGCAAAGGUCCUGGUGAUCUUUGCAACCAAAUCAGAAGCACAGUAAAGAAAACAAUAUGCUGAGGAAGUUUAUCAGCUUUACCCCAAGAGGGUAUCAGCUCCUUGGACAGAAUGUGAGGUCUUGCCAAGCAGUUGCCCAGGCCUCAGUUUCACCACCAGAUGGCAAUAAAGGAAAGCUCUCCAAGUUACCUUUGAUCCCUGUCUACUCUGCUGCUAGCAUCAAGUGCCAAGCUGAGAGUACUGAGUUGAAAUGUGCUGAAAACCUUAUCAUCAGCCUUAUUGAAACUAAAAGAGCUCCUAGAAAUGAGCACAUUGAAGGCUUCCUAGAGUUUCUGAGAGAAAAUCAAGAAAAGGCAUAUGGAACUGCAUUGGGAAAAAGACUGUACUUGUGGUGCUCAGGAGUCCUAGCAUUAACAAGUGCCUUAUUGUGCCAAAAGUGGUUUCUGAAGGAUGAUUUUAUAAACAAGGCUCCUCGAUGGUUUGAUGCAAAAGUAAUACAACAGGCCCUCCAAGGACAUUUUUGGGGUGUUCCAAGGGAUCUGAUAGUUCUGUCUGUGAAAGCCACUGAUGAAAAGAUAGAAAAAUCUGAGAAGGAGUGUCUAAUUGACCAAGCUGCAAAAGACUUCAAAGUGAAGGCUGAUGAGUGUACAGCAAGCAUCUUGAAUAAGCUUGGGAUUCAAUUGAUUAAUUCAAAGCAGGAAUCACAAGCUAUUUUUUUGCUUGAAAAGGCUGGCCAAGCUGGCAAUGCAUCUGCAAUAUAUAACAUGGGGCUCUGUUUUGAGCAUGGCAGAGGUGUUCUGGAAGACCAUUGCAAGGCUGCUGAACUCUACGAAGUUGCUGCUGCCAGGGGACACCCCAAGGCACAAUACAAUCUUGCUACUUUCUAUGCUGAAGGGGCUGGGGGAUUAACGCAGGAUUACGAAACAGCAAUUCAUUGGUUCCAAAGAGCAGCUGACAAUGGCAUUGCAAAGGCACAGGUAUGCAUGGGAUUUCAUUUCGCAAAAGAAAAUGACCAGGAAAAGUCUGCCAAUUACUUUUCUUUGGCGUCGAAUCAACAGGAUAUUGUUGGGAUGUAUCAUUAUGCAAUUUGUCUAGAACAUGGCUGGGGAGUGGCGAAAGACGUGAUCAAGGCCGGGAAGUUAUAUAAAAAAGCAGCCGAUUGCGGUCAUAUUUCAUCGAUGUUCAAUGUUGCAGUUUUUUACGAAAAGGGUCUUGGAGAAUUUACAAAAAGUCGCUGGAAGGCUAUGUAUUGGUAUGAAAAAGCAGCAGAUUUUGGCGACGAAGAAGCAAAGCAAAGACUUACAGAGCUUCGCGAAAGUCAGAAUGAGACUAGAAGCGUCCUACACCCAAUUUUGAAAAAUAUAAUUGUGCAGAGUUUAUUUAACGGUAAGCAAAGACUUGAUAAAGGAUUUCAUAAAUCAAUGUCUGCUCCAAACCUGACAGCAAAGACAGCAAAGUUGACAGUGCGAGGUGAAAACGAUCCGCGUGGAAUUCCUGGAGAGUUAACGAGUUCGUUAUCGUGCAGUUUGCAGUCGUUAUCAUCAGCUUCGUCGAAUGGAUCUUGUUUUUCUUUGGAAAUUUCUUAAAAACCUAUCUUCUGUUAAGAACAGAAUAUUUUUCUCGUCCGUCACUGUAGUUUGUAGUUAUGGUUGAUGAUUCCAGAAUUUUAUAACUUGGAAGAUGUCACUGCCGGUAAUAUGAAUUCGUAAAUGUAUUUGUGGAUUAUGUACAAA